UCUCUUACAGCCGACUUUGGUCUUUCCAAAAUCAUCGAUGAUCAGGUGACCAUGAAGACGGUCUGUGGCACGCCGGGCUACUGCGCUCCGGAGAUCCUGCGAGGGAACGCGUACGGCCCCGAGGUGGACAUGUGGUCGGUGGGCGUCAUCCUCUACAUCCUACUCUGUGGGUUCGAGCCCUUCUUCGACCCGAGAGGAGAUCAGUACAUGUACAGCCGAAUCCUCAACUGCGACUACGAGUUUGUGUCUCCGUGGUGGGACGACGUGUCCCUCAACGCCAAGGAUCUGGUCAGUAAGCUGAUCGUCCUCGACCCUCACAAGCGUCUCAGUGUGCGGGAAGCCCUGCAGCACCCAUGGGUGCUCGGAAAAGCCGCCCGCUUCUCUCACAUGGACACCGCCCAGAGGAAACUACUGGAGUUUAACGCUCGCCGCAAACUUAAGGCUGCCAUGAAGGCCGUAGUGGCCACCAGUCGGAUGCACGAGAGCUCGCGGCGUCGCACCGACAGCUGUGAGAUCCCGGGCUCAGGGACGUCGAGGCAGAGCAGCAUGCAGCAAGACCCGCCUCCAGAGUCCACAAGCCCCUCCCCCGCUGAUGAAGAAGCCCCGCCUCCAGACCAGGACGACGAAUCAAAGCCCUCCGACCAAAGUGCCCUCACCCCGUCUCCUCCAUGCACCCCAGAGCCCCCCCCCAGCUCUGAAGCCACGACCACGGGCCCCGCCCCAACGCCAACAGGCCCCUCCCCCACACCCACAGGCCCCACCCCUAUCAGGCCACCUCUCCGUGUCGAUGGUAUUCGACAGGCGUCCGUCAUCCCCAAAACGAUGCUAGUUCAGCCCCGCCUGCAGCAGAAAAGCUUCUCAUUGGUCGAGCCCAGUUCCAAGGUUGACGCCACACUGACCACGGCUUCAAGUCCCAGCAGCCUCAGCAACGGCUUCAUGCCGGGGGCGGAGCCUGCCAGUAAGACCGCCCCCUGCCAGUGAUCACAUAUCGCUUUUAGAAAAACUUAACUUCAUCUUCCUCUUCUCUAAAAACAUCUCAAAUCACUUAAAGGGACCAAAUGAACCUAAAGCUUCGGUUACAAACGGAGCUAACGUUUAACAUUAAACUUCCAUAUCUGCAGCUACGCUAACGUGCUAACAGAUACACUUAAGGGUUUGUUGGGUGUUUUCGCAGCCAGGACAGUUGGUCAGUCUUCAUUGUUGAGCUGCUGGUUUUUAGUAAAGAGGCUGGACAUGAUUCAAGGAUAGCACUAGUUCCAAGGGACUUACGAGUUACUCAAGCUAGGCAAGAACAUUGGCCUUUUAGGUCGUUAUAUGGAACCUUGGAUUGUGGGAGAAUAUGACAAGAAAAUCCCUUUAGGGAUAUUCUCUGAGGUUAAAGUGGUCAAUUAAUGAGAAUAAACACAUUUAUGAGAAAACUACAUUUGAAAACUAUUCUGGAUCAUACAUUUCUGAGCAAAGUGAAGAUCCGACUUUGCAAAGUGAAGCCAUGUGGAUCUUCGACAAAAAAAUAAACCAUAGUUCCUUAAAUUUUUGACUUAAAUCUCAGAGAAUUUGGAAAAAAUGUUCAUGCAAAUGUAGAGUUUGAUCUCAGAGACCAUUUUUCUUGGAAAUGUGUGCUCUCUUUAUUAAUUUAAAUAUUUUAACCUAGCAUGUUAAUGGGAAACCGACAAUAAAUCAGUUUGGCCUGUACUUAAAUGCCAAUUAAAACAACAAUUUCUUUGAUAGUAAGAAGUUCAGACGUAGUCUAGAUGUGGUUAGCCUAGCUUAGCAUAAAUACUGGAAGCAGUGGAAAACAGCUCAAACACCUACCAACACCUCAGUAGCUCAACCACAUAUCUUGUUUGUCUCUAUAAUAAGUGGUAGCGACCUUUCAAUCAUAAGGCCGCUCCUUUAUCGUCUACUUUACUCUAAAUGGGACCGUCAUUUAAAAAAUAAACAUCAUGCUGUAUUAAUAAACACUAGAAACUAGCGGUUUGAACCAUAAACUCAUUAAGAAAAUCUUUACUGGGAUCAUUUAAGUAAGAGGCAAGGUCAUUUUCUCAUAGGCUCUCAUAGACACUUUUCAGAACCAGAAAGGUUGCCCCCUGCUGGUUAUUAGAGAGUGUGAUUUGAGGUGCUUCCAUUAAGGCUUUACUUUUGAGACUUUAAGGCUCUUUGUUUACACAGUCUUAGGUUUGAUCCGCACAAAAACAGAAAUGUAAAACCAGAGGCACUGGGCGGAUGGAUACAAUGAAGAAAUAGUUCUGACUCGUACUUGAAAUGGGACAAACAGAGACUUCUUCCUCUUUUGGAAACAGAAGGUGACUUUUUCCUCGAAUGCUCAGGACGGAGCUGAUUGUAUUUUAUUAUUAAACACAUGCCUGCAUGGACACGGGUGUGAAGGACGAGGAGAAACAGAGCAGCUUCUGCAUCUCUUUGAGUGUCGGGGCAGCUUCAGACAAAGAGACUCUGAGAAAAGUUUGAAGAGACGAUCUGCUUUCUUUUUUAAAAGUCCUUUCUACUCUUUACUGGCGAUUCCCGCUGGAUUUAUUCUGCGGCCGAAUGAGUAGAUAGACCCGGUGUUUAUUUCAGUGACGUGUCGUGUUAGUGAGUAAAACGCAGUGUUGUUUACACUUUUAUCAGCAGUGGUGAUGAUGAUCUCCUGUUUGCACUGUACAUAGUUUGGUUUUAAGAUUAUAUCUGAAAACUUUACCGCCCGACCAGAGACACAAUCAGUGUUCAAACCCCCCCCCCCAAAAAAAAUAUUCAAAAUUUGACUUUCGCCAUUAAAGGGUAUAUUUGAACCUGGAAACUAUUUGCCCAUGUUUUCAUGUUUAAAUGUAUAAUGGGGACAGCAAUUCUAGAUAUUAGUCCAGUAUUGAUCAAGAGUGCUGCAGCCAGGCAAUGAAAUCCUAUCAGGAAAUUAAUCACCGUCAAAUUAAAUCCAUUUCAAGUUUGUUUUAAACAUUUUGGAAAUAAAUAAAUAAAGAUUAAAUUCUUACAUUUAAUAAUAUUUUGGGGUUUCCUGUAGGUUUUUGUGCAUGUAUAUAAAUGUUUAAAGCAAAAUUGGGAUAGACACAAUUACAAAUAGACCGGGGGGAAAGGGUCUAAUUUCUCUGUAUGGGUCCUUUCCCUAAUGUUGUCAAAUAUUCUUAGACAUCUUGCUCUGGCAGGGGCAAAAACAAGCACUUUUAGUGGAAAUUGACGGUGACAGUGAUCAAUAACAUUGCAACCCAUUUCGUAGCUUCAGUCUGCAAAUUAACAAAAAAAAUUCCUCCCAAAGACAUAACAACGUGGUGAGAUAAGGUCCAAGUUGAAGAACCAAAGUAAACCUUUCAAUGAAACCCUUUGGACUACACGUUCUACCUCUCUUUGUACAGGGGCUUCAAAAAUAAUAAUAAAGAUAAUCAGACUGGAAAGAAAUCAAUCUUGAACCCACCAGAAACAAAAACACACAAAACUACGGUGGCCAGGACGGACCAAACUGAAGUAAAGGUUCUCUGCCACCAAAUAAAAUGCUCAAUUUGAAAGAAAAUCUCUUUAAAGAGGAACCAGCCCUCCCAAAAAUGGAGCCCAAAAAGUCCUGGAAACACGUUUUUAUUUUGGGUGGAAAAGGACGCAGUUAUUGUAAUUCCUUAUUACAUUUUUUAAAAUGUAUUAUGAUGUUUAUUAUAAGAUCCCAUCAUGUGGCUUUUCUCCAUGGGUAGGGAUUUUAGUUUAAUGCAAAUUCGCCCUGUAAAAAAACAUACCACUUUCCAUCUUGUAAAUUCAACAUCAAGUAAAGCCUUUGUAACAUGAAAUCUGUGUCAAAUAUUAACAUGAUGCUAAAGGUAUAUACGCUUUUUAUUUACUAACACACUUGAGAUUUCAAUGGAGAAGAAAACUUUAUCCUUAAAACUGUUUACAUCAUCCACUUAAAAAAACACUUAACAUGAUCUGUAAUAAUCAAUUAGUAGAUUUUAGGUCAAUUUUAUUAAAUUUUCCUCCAGGUUUUGUGCACAUUUUAAACACUUUUUUAAGACGUUAUUGGGCAGAACAGCUCUGUGAUUGGUUGUGAGUCAAAGUGGGCGUUUCUUGAUCAAAGCUUUGAAGGUCUGACUGAUGUGCAGUUUGGUUCCUCUGGUCAAAACGAGUCUUCUGCUGUAAUAACUUCUUGCCAAAUGAACUCACUGGAUAACUAUCUGUCAUGGUAGAAAGCAUGUACUCUGUAUAUUUGAUUUACAUAUAUACUCUUAUGUAAAAACAUGAAUAUUUUUGCUUCUCUUUAUUCGGAGGGACAGUCCGGGGGCUGGAGGGUUAAACUGUGUUCAUUGUUUUGUGUUUGCUGAGUGAACUCGUACCUCUUAUUUUAUUUUAAAGGAUAUAAGCUGACAGUGUGACAGCUGUUAACAUGUGUAUCUCUGCAUGUAUUAUUUACUUUCUGUUGAUCAUAUCAGAUUAAAGACUCAGUUUGCCUCCUGCAGGA